AAGCGAUUCAUGGUCAAGAAUAUUGAUCCUAUCGUUUAUCCUGGGCAGUACCGUUCUCAUAUGCACUCAUUCUUUGGAUCCGAUGCUGUGACCAAAGACCUGCCCACCACGGCCGACCUGCAGAAAGGCUGUGCCUCUGGAGAGAACCCCAACGAUUUGUCAGUGUACUGCGAGACCAAAAUCAUCAACAUUGAAGGGAUUCCAACCCUUUACUAUGUACGGGGACCAACCGACUUUGUGGAGGUGAAUCCGGGCAUGUUCAGCACAUACUAUGAAAACAUCGACAAGGCCGAGAUUCCAUAUCCACAAGACUUUUUUGCCAUUGCCGGAAAUGCAACAGCGAGAAGCCAGAGUGAUGUGAACGAGGGCACCACUGGUCUGACAUGGUGGUGUGAAAAUGGGCCUGAGGACAGACAAAACCGUAAUCGAGCUCUCAUGCCUCGCGUGACGUGCAGCGGCAAUAUCCAAGUCAUUCUUCGGUUUCCGGAUUGCGUCCAGACAAGCAACAUCAAGAACUAUGCCUACACCGCAGCGAACGGUGGCCGUUGUCCCUCAGGUAUGAAACGAAUUCCGCAGCUCCGGUUCUCUGUUCGAUACAAUGUUCGCAGCCUGUUUCCCAAAGGUUGGUCCGGCACUCCACCUCUGAAGUUGGCUUGCGGCGAAGUUGGCGAAGGCCGCAACCAGUGGAUGAGAGUUGACGGCGCCAGGGGGGAAGGGAAAGCCGGGACAACAUGUGGGCCCAAAGAUCGGGAGCCGGCAAAGGGAACAAGUGACUAUCUUACAAGUGUCGACAUGAUGAAGAUGCACUAG